AUGUUACUCAUAUAAAAAAAAUAAAAAAUAUCCUCAAUCAUUGAAAUUAUUUUAAGAUAACUUUCACCUCUUUAAAACCAACACAAAUCCUAUCACCUUACGACACUCACUCACCCUCAUCCCCCACCUCCACCAAACCCCUUUAAAUCCCCCACUAAAUUUCCUCCUUUUAUUAUCCUUAACAAAAAUUACAAAAAAUAAUUAAUGGCAAUUUCAAUUUCUCAAACUAAACCCAAUUUCUCUCUCCUCUCUUCUUCUUCUUCUCGUAAACCUCUGAAUAUCAUCAGUUUUAAUAAUCGGUGUUUUCCGGUUAAUCGGCGCCGGAAAACGCAGGUGAAGUGUUGCCUGAACUUGCCGUUAGAGCCUCAAUCGGAGUUAGGAAGAUCGUUGAGUAGUGUUGUUCUGAAUCAACCUCAUUCUUUUUACGACGUCGUUUCGGUUGAAUUGAAUCGUGUUGUUGAAGAUCGUGAUGCUGCUUUUGCUCGUUUUGAUCUUAGCUUGGGCUCUUCUGAGGCUUCGCUUCAUAGGAGGAUCGCGAAAUUGAAAGAGACAGAGUGUCAACUUGCUGUUGAAGAUGUCUUGUACAUGAUAAUCUUGUACAAAUUCUCUCAGAUUAGAGUGCCUCUUGCUCCUAGCCUCUCUGAAUGCCUCUACAAUGGAAGACUGGAGAUUCUACCUUCCAAGGACUGGGAGCUAGAGUCUAUUCAUAGCCCAGAGGUCUUGGAGAUGGUUAGGGAACAUUUGAGUACCGCCCUUGGAUGGAAGGCAGGCUCCAGUGUUGCUGUCAACUGGUCCCCAACUAAAAUCCGGAGACAACAUCUUAGCCAAAUUUAUGCAACAUCUAUCUUGUACGGCUACUUCUUGAAAUCUGCUUCUCUGAGGCUUGAUUUGGAACAAAGCAUAUCACCAACCUACCAAAACGUUCCUUUUGGCAGUUGGACUCCUCCAGAAUUUCAGUCCUAUGGUUCUGAGAAUGUCAUGCUUGGUCAAAUGGUCACCCCAAGUUCCACUACAUUAAGCCAGGUCACUAGAACACCCAGGAAGAAAGAGGCGAAUUUAAGGUGCUAUGUGACAGGUUUUGACACGCUGACAAUGGAGCAUUGUGCAAAACUGAAAUCAGAGGAGUCUGCUGAACUUGUUGACAAGCAUUGUCGGGCACUAUUUGGGAAUACUAAUGCUGAAAACAAUGAUAUGAUCUUAACAUCUUUGUCAAGCUUGAAACGAUUGGUGUUGGAGGCAGUUGCUUUUGGGUGUUUCUUAUGGGAUGCGGAAGAGUGUGUCAACAGGAUAUAUACUCUCAAUUCUCAAGGAUAGAUGUUGAAGUCCUUUUAGGCUGAUUUUGUAUAUAUGGAGGCUGUUUGGCUUUCGCUCUUAGCCCACUAUUAGACGUACAAUGACUUGAACAAGCGGCGCUCUGCUGCUUCAGCUUCUUCUGUUCUGCUCUGCUCGCUUCGAGAUGUAUAUAGUAAUAUAGUAUGACAGUUAUUUAGUUAAAACACAAGUAUGUAUUGUCGGGUGAUGUAAAUAUUCUCCUUCAUCUUCCACUUUGGCAAUCCAUUGAACAGUUUAAAAUCGCAUGUGAUCAGAAUUGAGUAAAUAUCUUUUGUUUGUUUGGGCCA